CGCUCCGUGCGUAAAAGUGAAUUUAAAGGAAAAACUCUCACCACUGGAUGGAGGGGACGCGCAGAGGAGGGUUACGUGUUUCUCUCUGCGUGGUUCAGGAUGAUCACGGUGCGUGUUGGUGCGUGUUGGUGCGUGUGAGAGAGCUUAGGAAGUGAUGUUGGGUUUUGAGUCUGGAGCCACAGCUGGAGCAGCGAGUUUCCUCUGAGCUGCAGUGGAUCCUCUCACGUCGGGUCUGGUGCUGGGAUGGUCAUGAUGUCAGCGACUGGUCGGACUCUGUGCUGUCUGCUUCUGCUCUGGACCAGAACAUCAGCUCAGGCUGCAGAGCUGCGCUGCUCCUCGGCCGGCCCGGUGGGGGCGCUGCACCCUGUCCAGGGUCUGCUGGAGACCUUUGAGGCGGGUCCAGGUUGUGCUGCUCGAGAGCGAGGAGACAAGGAGACUCACGUGGUUUCAGUGAGGAGGUCGACCAACAGCCCUGAAAACAAGGUGACGGUGCUGCUGAAGCCGUUGUCUCUGUCUCCGUCACCUGUCAGAACCCUGCACCUGCUGCUCAGCUCCAAGCUGCCAGUCAGCUGGUGGCUGGAGGCCGAGACUCUCCCCCCCGAUCUGCCUGUCCACGUGCAGGUGUCCUCCAACUCCAGCGUUCAGUCCCACGCGCUGCAUCUGCUCGUCCACGUGGUACAUCCGUUACCGUUUCGUCCGGCGGCGCUGCACCGCUGGGCCCUGACACACCACGGCAACCUGUCCUCUCUAACGCACACGACACACGGGAACCGGGUCUACAUCCGACUGGGAGAGGAUCCAACUUUACCUCCCGUGUGCCAGCUCCAGUCCACGUUCCUCUCGCCCAACUACCUGACCUCUGACCUGCAGCCCCAGGAGGUGCAGGGCUGCUCCCAGCCUCCAGCCGCCGGCAUCAACCCUGCGGUCCACGUGAUCAAGCUCCACUCGGCAGGAUCAGGACUCUGUGGGUCUCUGCAGGUGGAGGUGGUCGUCUCGCUGGUGCCCCCGGUGGCCAACACCAGGGCGCAGGACAUUGUGCUGGUCCUCAGCAGCUCGGUGCCCGUCCACUGGGCCAUCACUGCUCGUGGUGUCCGGGGUCACAUCUCCGUUCAUUCGUCCAACAGUGUGUCCCCACCGUUCCCCCCUGAGCCGGACCUGACCCUGUCCAGCACCCUGACCUCUGACCUGUCCACCGUGUCCGACCUUCUCGUCUGGGCCAAUGAGAGCGGCUACACCCAUGUGACCUCGUACACCGAGGCCGACCUGGCCAAUCGCUUCGUGGUCCAGCUGGCCGGGGGCGGGACAGACGUCCUCGCAGGGAGGCCUCCCCUGGCAGUGAGGCCUCCCUGGGCCGAGGAGCGCAGGCUGAGGCAGUGGCUGAACGGUGGAGACGGAGCAGGAGGACGAGAGAGUUUCACGGUGCAGUGUGAGGACGGACGCCUCAGUGUGACCGUGGACCGACGCAUCCUGCAGACCUUGUCCGUCCCCGUGGCAGCCGUGACUCUGCAGGACCCGACGUGCCAGGCUCAGUCCAACGGGAGUCAUUUCCUGUUGGUGUUCCCAGUCAUUUCCUGUGGGACUGAGGGUCUGUUCCUGGGACGGCCCAGAGGGGUGCAGUACACGAACAUGAUGAUUCUGUGGAGGGACCAACCUCAGACGCUUGUUGCCCUCAAUGACACGGAGAGGAAGUCCAAAGGUCCACUGGGCAUCCACUUCAGCUGUCUGGCUGCUGGUCCCAGUGUCGCAGGUCCGGCUGGAGUCGGAGUCGAGGAGGUGAACACUCCUCAAGCCGGACUCGUCCACUGGGCACCGGGGGAACCAGCAGGGCCGGAUCCAGCUCGGGGCCACCUCCCGGUCCCCAGACACAGACCUGGGCCGGUGCUGAUUCUGAGACUUUUUGUCACCGAGGUUAACGAUCAGAAGCGGAUCGGCCCCUGUGUGGUGACGGCAGGCCAUCGCGUGUAUGUGGAGAUCUCAGCUGAAGGGCCCCUCCCAGACGCUGUGGAGGUGAAGUCGUGUAUCAUCUCUCCUCUGUCGGACCCCAAGAAAUCCCCUUUCUGGACCAUCAUCAGAGAGGGCUGCUCCUCCGACCCCUCGCUGACCCUCAGCGCAGAGGCAGCAGAUGAAGAGGAGGAGGAGGAGGAGGAGGAAGAGGGCGAUGCAGGUGAACUAGAGGAGAGACGGAGGAGAGAAGCUCCGGGGAGGUGGGAGGAGAGCGGCAGUGACCUGGGAUCAGAGGAGGAGACCCGGCCGCUGAGGUUCAGCUUCAUCCUGCGACCGGUUCACAACGACUCCAUUCAGUUCCUCCACUGCAGCCUGAACAUGUGCAGCUCCGACUCCACCAGGGGGGAAGCUGUGAAGGAACCGGCUGAGAGGGCGUGUCAGGACGGACUGCCUAUUCCUGCUCUGGUGUCCAAGUCCCACAAACACCAGUGUGAGAUCAGGACCUUGUCCCGGCCGAUGGUCGUCACCCAGUCCAUCAGCUCGCUGGUCCCCAAGCAGCUGAGGCCCCCUGCUGGCCCGAGGACCAAGAGACUGAGUGUGUCCCCCGUGGCGAGUCCGGGGCCCCAGGACAGAAACUCUGUGGUGCAGACGGGACCAGUGAUGGGCGUCGUGUUUGCAGCCUUUGUGAUGGGGGUCAGCCUGAUGGGGGGGCUGUGGUGCAUCUACAACUAUACUGCCAAAGGUCCGACCUCACUUGGAGGAGAAGGUCUAUUAAUAGACCAGACUCCCGGAGGCCACAACACCUGGAAUCCACCGCUGCUCUCCGAUCAGUCCUCCAGCUCCGUGUAGAGGUGAGAUCUGGAAGAAGAAGGAGAGAUGGACCCAACUGAAGAGGAAGAGGAGGACACAGGAGAUGGACUGAACCAAGAUGAAGAAGAAGGGUUCCUGGACACUGGUGAGAUCAAGGAGGGUCAAAUAUUUCACUGGUUUCUCAAGCAGGUUAUUGGUUUUAAAGUUGACGAGCAGGAACCUGGAGGCCAAACGUCAAACUGCACCGAACACUUUCAGUUUUUGAAUUUUCACAUUUCACCCGACAGACGCUCUUUAGAAAUCUUUGUUGCAACAAAACCUUUUGAGUAUGAAACUGGAGAUGGAGGCAUUUUAGUGACGCUUCAUUCAAACCAGUUUAUGUUUACAUGUCUUACUGGUGUGUUUGUUAUGAAACUGUUACUUAAAAGUAUUUGAUGUGCAAUACGUAAUGUUCCUAAUGACUUGGUUGUUGUUGUAUCUGGUUAUUAUCUUGUGUAUGUUUAUAUUUUGUCACUCGGUUGCUGAAUUGAGUUUUGAGUAAAACAAAAAAACAUUG